AUGGAUCUAAACGAUAUAGAUGCAAUUUUACCUGAGAUUAUUCGGGAAAUUCUUUCUUAUGAUGAAGGGAUAUAUAAAAAGGUCUUAGAUUUAUAUUUCACAGAUGACGCAAUUUUAACUCACCCUAUUUUGAACGUCCAGGGAAAACGUAACAUUCGUAAAGUUUUUCAAGUUUGGACAUUACUCAAUAAACAACAACCCGAAGUUACAAAUACGAGAGAUUUGGUUUGGAACGACAAUACUGCUAUCAUCAAUGUAACACAACAUUUGCGCCCUCGAAUUUUUCCGUUUCUCCAUUUCGCUGUGCCCUCUGUAACAAUUUUAAGAUUCCGUGAAGAAGAUGAUGGAUUUUUUUAUAUUUAUAAGCAAGAAGAUAAUUGGACUCUUGAAGGACUUAUUAAUAGUGUUCCAUUGAUUAAUUGGUGGUAUGAAAACGUAGUUCGCGUUUAUGUAGGACAUAUGGUUACGAGUGUUGGAUCAUUCCUUGCUACUGCAAAUCAAGCGACUUCCCGAUUAACUAUCGCGGCUAAUGAUAUUCGACAACAUAGUGGCGAAGCUAUGUCUCAAGGUCAAGAUCGCGCUUUACAAUAUGGACAUGACUUGGCCAAUAAUGUUUCUUCGGUAAUUAGCAAAACAAAGGAAUCCAUAGGUAUUAAAGGCCUUGAAAAUCAACAACAUUAUUAUAUGACCAAUGGUGAAGCAAGUCCUGAAAUGUAA